AUGCCUAGACCAGGACGAAACACUUACAAUGAACAGAAGCCACCAUAUUCCUACAUAGCACUAACCGCUAUGGCUAUCCAGUCUUCACAGGAGAAAAUGUUGCCCCUGAAUGACAUAUAUAAAUUUAUCAUGGAUAGAUUUCCGUUUUAUAGACAAAAUACUCAACGAUGGCAAAAUUCUCUCCGACACAAUCUAUCCUUUAACGACUGUUUUAUCAAAAUUCCACGGCGACCGGAUCGUCCAGGAAAGGGUAGUUAUUGGGCUUUGCAUCCGAUGUGCGGUGAAAUGUUUGAAAACGGAAGUUUUCUUAGAAGGAGGAAGCGAUUCAAAUUAAACAGCAUACAGAGAGCGUUUCUAGACCCUCUGAGACAGUGUUUGGAGUCACCAUAUUUCGCAGACAGAACACGAAUGUCACCUGUGAAUCAUACACCUCAGCAGUCUCCGAGAUUCCAAGCGUAUGGCCAUCUGACAGGUCACGGUAAUUCCAGCUCUUUCAAGCAACCUUUCACGAUAGAAAACAUUAUUGCCCCCGAAAACAAGACGAAUAGUAUCCUUCCUCAACCUAUUCUUCCCACACCACUGCCGGCAUUUGCUACUCAGUUUGCUGGUGCAUUGUCAUGUUCAAACUUUGUGACUCCUUACUCAACUGGAGAAAUGUUAUCAUCGCUUGCCUCGUCGUACGGACUGGCAACGGAGUAUCAAAAUAUUCUGAAAUCAAACCACGCAUUAUCUCACCACCGAAUACCCGCUGUACCUCUACCCAUCAAACCGUCGCCAUUCUCUGCUCUUUCAUACCAAAGCGAACAUAGUGUCAUAGCUAAUUCUCGUUCAGCUCUUAAUCUUUCAACAACAGGACUAGACAUUGAGCGCUCCAUCAAAAUGGCACAAUCGAAAAGAGAACAAGGACUUGUCCUGUCAGUGGAACAGACGUCUUGA